AACAUUUUUCCCCCGGCCGAUGCUCGCAUGCCUGUUUUCGUCCCCUGCACGUUUACCUUCCCCAAAAAGCCAUUAAUUUAGUCCAAGCCCGAGUGCGCCGUAAGGGUUCGUCUUCUGCUCUCGACCGCUUUUUAUUAGAGUCGACUCAUCUUUUUAUGCCUGAUCUAUUGGGAUUCAGAGUGGGUGUUGUCACAGGACAAUGAUCGAGAGACCCGACUCAGCUGUGUCCAGCGUUGCACAGAGGAAUCUGGAGGGUUAUGUUGGAUUCGCCAACCUCCCCAACCAGGUGUACAGGAAAUCUGUGAAGAGGGGCUUCGAGUUCACGCUCAUGGUUGUCGGUGAGUCUGGACUGGGCAAAUCAACGCUCAUCAAUUCCCUCUUCCUGACAGACCUGUAUUCCAAAGACUACCCUGGACCAUCUCAGAGGAUCAAGAAGACUGUUCAGGU